GAUCGACAUGAUCACCACGACCCGCGUUCCCUCCAUUGAAGCGAUCACGACCGGCUUGCCGCUGCCGACACUCGAGGGCGUGAAGCCAACGACCGCCAAACGGAUCGACGCGCAUAACGCCGCCGUAGACGGCCUACACAGCUACAUCGCCAGCCUCUCGACCGCCGUCGAUGCUGCGGUGAAGGCAGUAGGCGACGACGAUACCGACCUCCUCGCUCUGGGCACGGCUGUCGAGAAUCGGCGAUUCGCUAAGGCGGACAGCUACUCGCGCGCCUGCCGGCUGUGGCGUGAGCGUCACGAGAUCGCCGAGACGAUGGUCGAAGACCUGAGCCCCGCCGUCACUGCCGCCGAAGCGGCGCACGCCAAGGCGGUCGAGAAGGCGAUCGACCUGCUGGCGAAGGCUGGUCUGACUACCGACGAAAUGCCAGCGGCGCAAGUCAACGAACGGACCGCACGGACGCAGCUAGACGGAGUUGUCCGUCAGUGCCGCCCGGUCCGAACCACCGCCGCCGAGAUCACCAACGCCGAGUCGAGAUUGAACGCCGCGCGUCAGCACGUUAGCACGUCCAAGAGCGGGGAAGCGACCGCACGGAGCGCCGUGAAGGCAAUGGCGGAGCGGAUGAUCAUCAUGCGGAUCAGACUAGCGGCUAUUGGCUUCAACGCGUUCAAGCCCGGCAAGCAAAAGCCGGCGCAAGUCAUCAUCCCGCCGGGGCUGAGUAAGAGCGCUGCUGACUCGGCGGCGACGGCUAACCGGGGAAUCGACAGCGCGAUCACUAGGGUGAUUGCCGGCGACGCGGCGAAGGGUGAGACGGCGCCAAUGUCGGCGCCGAGCAAGCCGGCGGAGACGAGGUUCAGCGCACUGCGCGGGUUGUCGGUCAAUCAGAUCAUCGACGCUUACCUCGCGUGGAAGCCGGCGAAGUAA